AUGCCUCCAAAGAAAAUACAGAGUUUAGAUGAUUUUCUAAACGAUCAGAAGCCUGAUGCCAAUAUGGUACCUUCUCCAUUUGGUGGCUACUUCAAGAAGCAAGAGUCAAACCAGAUGCCUGCUCAGAAGAACUAUAACUCUUACAACCAAAAGCGUAACUGGAAUGAUGGAAGUAACUAUAACAAAAGUACAUACCAAAAUUAUAAUCAAAACCCAGUUAGAGGUUAUCAAUACCAUCAAGCAACUGUUACCCCAAACACAAGUGGUACACCAACUCCAUCUGCUUCCUCUACCACCUUAUCAUCAUUACCCGAUAACGUUGCAAAGCUAGAGCUUUCUCCAGUCUCUGCUCUAUUGAGUGCUCUAUCCCAGUCUGAAUCUAUUGCUGAUUGUAAGAAAACUGCUGAUGAAAUUGUUGCAAAAUUUGAUGAAAGUGAAAAUUACGUAAACGUUAAUUUAGAAGACUGGAAAGUCAAAGAAGUUCUAGUUAAAUUUUUGAAGCCAAAGAACUCUGCCUUAGUGAGAGAAAGUGCUCUUCUUGUAAUCGACAAGUUAGCUCAAAGUCUGGUGACCAAAACUCCACAACAAAUCUUCUUAUUGCAAUUCGUUGAUUUAGUUUUGGAUGCAUAUGCAGACAAAGAAUCAACUGUCAAACGUGCUGCUCAACAUGCUAUUGAUUCCAUAAUUUCUGCCUUCCCUGCUGAAGCUUUAACUUCUAUGGUUUUACCUGUAAUUUUGAAGUAUUUGGCUUCUGGUGCUAAAUGGGGUUCAAAAUUGGGUGCACUAACAGUUAUUGAUAGAAUUAGAGAGGAUGCUCCAAAUGAUUUAUUAGAAUUGACUUUCAGAGAAGCUAUUCCUGUUUUGACUGAUGUUGCUACUGAUUUCAAACCAGAACUAGCCAAGCAAGCCAAGCAAUCAUUAUUAGAAUAUGUUUCCAUUUUAGAUAAUUUAGAUUUGGUUUCUCGUUAUGAAUUAAUCGUCGAUACUUUACAAAAUCCACAAAAAGUCCCAGAAUCCGUCAAGGCCUUAUCUGGUGUCACUUUUGUUGCUGAAGUCACCGAACCAGCGUUAUCAUUGUUAGUUCCAAUUUUAAACAGAUCUUUGAACUUAUCUUCUUCUUCACAAGAACAACUAAGACAAACUGUUAUCGUCAUAGAAAAUUUAACAAGAUUAGUUAACAAUCGUUAUGAAAUUGAAAGUUUUAUCCCAUUAUUAUUACCAGGUGUGCAGAAAGUUGUCGAUACCGCUUCUUUACCAGAAGUUCGUGAGCUAGCUGAAAAGGCAUUAGAGGUUUUAAAAGAAGAUGAAGAGGGUAAGACUGCAGGCGCAUUUGAAGGUAGACUGACUCUGAAUUCAGCUAAGAAAUUUUUGACUGAAAACUUAAAUCAAUUACCUGCUGAUAAAUUUGAUAGCAAAUUAUCUACUCUAUUAAACGAACCAUUUGUUUUUGAAAAUUUAUGCAGAUAUUUAGCAAAUAAUUCUAAUGUCAAUGACUGGAAAAAAAUUGAAUCCUAUUUCAAAUCUACCUUAGGUGAAGAUCACGCUGACUUUAUCAGAAACUGUCUAAUUCACAAUUUGAGAGCGUUAUAUCAUCAAGAAAAGGAAGCUACUGAUGAAAAUGAGGGUAUUGAAAUUGUUAAUACAGAUUUCUCUUUGGCCUAUGGCUCUAGAAUGUUAUUAAAUAAAACUAGACUUCGUCUAUUAAAGGGUCACCGUUAUGGUUUAUGUGGUAGAAACGGUGCUGGUAAAUCCACUUUAAUGAGAUCCAUUGCUAAUGGUCAAUUAGAAGGUUUCCCAGAUAAGGAUACUUUACGUACUUGUUUCGUUGAGCACAAGUUACAAGGUGAAGAAGGUGACCUAGACUUAGUGUCUUUCAUUGCUUUGGAUGAACAAUUACAAAACACAUCUCGUGAGGAAAUUGCUAAAGCAUUAGAAUCCGUUGGUUUUGAUGAUGAGAGAAGAUCACAAACAGUUGGUUCAUUAUCGGGUGGUUGGAAAAUGAAAUUAGAAUUAGCAAGAGCAAUGUUACAAAGAGCUGAUAUUUUGUUAUUAGAUGAACCUACCAAUCAUUUAGACGUUUCUAAUGUUAAAUGGUUAGAGGAGUAUCUGUUAGAGAACACAGAAAUCACUUCAUUGAUUGUUUCCCAUGACUCGGGAUUUUUAGACACUGUUUGUACUGAUAUUAUUCAUUAUGAAAAUAAAAAAUUGGCUUACUAUAAGGGGAACUUGGCUAAAUUUGUUGAACAAAAGCCAGAAGCUAAGGCUUACUAUACAUUAACCGAUUCUAACGCUCAAAUGCAUUUCCCACCUCCAGGGAUUUUAACUGGUGUCAAAUCUAAUACAAGAGCAGUUGCGAAAAUGACUAAUGUGACAUUUACUUAUCCAGGCAGAGAUAAACCACAAUUAGAAAACGCUUCAUGUGCUUUAUCUUUAUCCUCCCGUGUUGCCGUUCUUGGUCCAAAUGGUGCUGGUAAAUCUACUUUAAUUAAAUUGUUAACUGCAGAAUUAGUUCCAGAUGAAGGUAAGGUUGAGAAGCAUCCGAAUUUACGUAUCGGUUAUAUUGCUCAACAUGCUUUACAACAUGUUAAUGAACAUAAAGAAAAGACAGCCAACCAAUAUUUGCAAUGGCGUUACAAAUUCGGUGAUGAUCGUGAAGUUUUAUUAAAGGAGUCUAGAAAAAUAUCGGAUGAAGAAAAGGAAUUAAUGACUAAGGAGAUUGAUAUUGAUGAUGGUAGAGGGCCAAGAGCCAUCGAAGCUAUUGUUGGUAGACAAAAGUUGAAGAAAACCUUCCAAUAUGAAGUGAAGUGGAAAUGGUGGAAACCAAAAUACAACUCUUGGGUUCCUAAGGACGUUUUAAUCGGUCAUGGUUUUGAAAAAUUGGUUCAGAAGUUUGACGAUCACGAAGCUUCUAGAGAAGGUUUAGGUUACCGUGAACUAACACCUUCAGUCAUUACAAAACAUUUUGAAGAUGUUGGAUUAGAUGCUGAAAUUGCAAACCAUACACCAAUGGGUUCAUUAUCCGGUGGUCAAUUAGUCAAAGUUGUCAUCGCAGGUGCUAUGUGGAAUAAUCCUCAUCUUUUAGUUUUAGAUGAACCUACCAAUUAUUUGGAUAGAGAUUCUUUAGGUGCUUUGGCUAUGGCAAUCCGUGAAUGGUCUGGUGGUGUUGUUAUGAUUUCACAUAACAACGAAUUCGUAGGCGCUUUAUGUCCUGAGCAAUGGAUUGUUGAAAACGGUAAAUUGACUCAAAAGGGUGUUGCCGAAGUUGAUCAAUCAAGAUUUGAGGAUGGUGGUAACACCGAAGCUGUUGGUUUAGCAAAAAAAUGUCUUCUCCAUCUGUUGUCGACGAUGAUUCUCCAGCUAAUAUUAAGGUCAAACAAAGAGUGA